AUGACAAUCCAAACCACCAAACCAACCAUCCUCCUGAUGGGAACAUGCGAUACCAAAAAAGAUGAAAUGCUUUUCACGAAACAGCAAAUCCUCGCCCAGAAAACAUGUCUCGUCCGCGCCAUCGACUUGGGGAGUACAUCUCGCGGCGGACUCAGUGAUAGACUCGAUCCCUUCAAUGAGGGGAUCUACACCUCACCAGUGAAAGACACAAUCUACGACGCUCCUGACAUCUCGAAAACAGAGUAUGUGGAGAAGAUAAUCGCGCACGUAACGGAUAUCGUGAGCAACCUCUACAAAGAUGGUGCAAUCCACGGCGUGAUCGGUGUUGGGGGGUCGAGUGGGACGUCGCUUGUGACGGCUGUGAUGCGACAUGCCCUGCCAGUUGGGUUUCCCAAGUUGAUGGUUUCCACGAUGGCGAGCGGGGAUGUCAAGCCGUAUGUCGAGGAAACGGAUAUCACCAUGAUGUAUAGCGUGGUGGAUAUCGCGGGCACGAACUGGAUUCUCAAUCGGAUUCUUUCGAAUGCGGCUGCUGCUAUCGGCGCGAUGGCUGCUACGUUUGAGGCUGCGCAGGCUGAGGCAUCGAGUCAUGAACAUGCUCAGACGCAGAAAAAGCGUGUUGGGGUGACCAUGUUUGGUGUUACGACGCCGUGUGUCGAUCGGGUUCGGCAUCAUCUCGAACAUGUCUACGGGUACGAAGUCUACGUUUUUCACGCUACGGGUGCUGGAGGCAAAGCCAUGGAGAGACUGGUGAAGGAGAAACAACUCGACGCUAUCCUCGACAUCACCACAUCCGAAAUCGCAGAUGAACUAGUCGGAGGCGUGUUGACCGCUGGACCAGAUCGACUGAUGGCCGGGGCAAAGGCUGGGAUUCCUCAGAUCAUCAGCGUUGGAGCCUGCGACAUGGUCAAUUUCGGACCGAAAGAUACGGUCCCUGUCCAGUUUCAGAACCGAUUGAUAUACGAACACAAUCCUACUGUCACUAUAAUACGGACGACUGCUGAUGAGUGUCGUCAAAUCGCCCGCUUCAUUGCUCAGAAGCUUCUUGUUCAUGCUACUCGUCGGGAUCUGAUUCGUGUCAUACUGCCCACCCAGGGUAUCAGUCUGCUCGACACGCCGGGUCGUGCAUAUUAUGACCCUGAGGUGGAUGAAGUGUUAUUCUCGACAUUGGAGGAAGAGCUGAAAGACAGCGGGAUUCCAGUCCUGCGAGACGAACGGGAGAUCAACGAUCCAGGCUUUGCUGUUGCUGCUGCCGAUGCGUUGGCCGAGUUGAUGAAGCAGAAGUAG